AUGUCUUUCUUAAGUGAAAAUAAAGAAACCAACUACAAGCUUAUAGAGGCUACUGAUAUUCCGUAUUCAUAAAAAAUGAAGAUUAUGGAUAAUUUAUAAAUAAACUCUAAAUUUCUCACAUAAUAUCCAAAAUAUCACUUGUAAGGUAAUAAAGUGGAAAGGAAAACUAAUGCUGUUAUUUAGUUGGAAUUUAGCAAGUUGCUAGAAAAUGUUUCUCAAAAUAUGACGCUUAAUCAAUAAGAAAACAUUCAAAUCCUAAACAAGUAUUGCAUUUUAAUUGAUAGAAGCUAAUCUAUGAUGUCCGAAAAUAAAUUGUAAAAUGUAAAAUAAUAUCUUUGUAAUUUAAUAGAGAAAGCAAAUACUAACUCAUAGUUUGCUCUGAUAUCUUUUGGUUCCAGUCAAAAACUCAUCUUUAAUUUUACUUAAGUUACUCAUGAAAACCUUGAAAGUAUCAAGGGGUAAAUUAAUAACAUUAUUUCAACUGGAGAUACAAAUAUAAUUCAAGCUCUUGAGGUUGCCCACAAUAUAAUUAAGCAAGACUAGUAAUUGGAAAACUAAAAGGAGGAACAAACAAAAAAAAGAAUAGUCCGAUACUCUGCUUUUCUUUUGACUGAUGGUUAAGACAAUAUGAAAGAGAAGGCCAUUUUCAAAUUUAGAGAAAACUUUAAAAAUAAGGAUAUGGAUUACUCCAUAAAUUGCUUAGGAUUUGGAAUAGAUCAUGAUCCUCUUUUGUUAGGCGCAAUUACUAGUUAUACAGGUGGAAAAUUUUACUACAUAAAACCUGAAGAAAGUGUUUUCUCUGUUUUUUAAGAUUACAUCAAGAAUCAAUAAGAAACAUUAGUUGAAAAUGUCGAUAUUUAAAUAAUGCAAAAUACAUAAACAAUUUAUGAUGAUUGCAAAAAUCAAUAUAAAUUUUUAUUAUAAAUACAGCCUGACCAAAAUGUCUCAGAUGCAAAAUUAAAUAGAAUAUAUUUUAAAAAUUUAAGAUAAGGAGAUGAAAAAAAUAUAUUAUUGAGUCUAAAGUAUAAGUAUAAGUUAAGGAAUUCAAAAAACAAUAAAAGUUAAUAAGAAGAUAUCUCUUUAAGUGCCAUAAAUGAUACAUCGAAAGUUUAUAAUUAGGAUAAUACUUUGUUAGACAUAACUUUAAUCUCUAAUAAUAAAACUUCCAUUACAAGUUAAAGUCAAAAGAUAAACAUUGAAAAGCUAAAUUAAUUUGAAUAAAUGCUCCUCAUAGAAAAAAAGUAAACCAAAGACGAUACAAUUAAUUUUGAUAGUAUUUAAAAUGAUUAAAAAGUAUCUUAGUCUGGCGAAAGCUAGAUCUCUCUAUCUGAACUGCUGACUGACUUUUCUUCUUUAUCUUUUGAAUCUUCAGUUUAGGAAUAGACAAAAAUAAAGAAUUAUGGUGAAAAAUAACAUUCAAAUAAUACCAAACAAGAAUAAAUUAACUUAGAAAAUGAUUAAAUUCUAAAAGAUUUAACCCUAAUAUAAAACAGAUAAGACCCCGAUAAUAAAAUUUUGGACAAAUCAGAAAAUAAAAUUGAUUAAUCUCAAAAUAUUGAAAAAGAAUUGAGCAUAAUAGAAAAUAAAAUAGAAGAAACCUCAGAUAGUAAUAAUUAAUAAUUAAAUUUUGGAUCAAUAAUUAUCAGAUUUAGUUAUUUAAAUAAUCAUUUCAAAUUUUCUAUCCCAUUAAACAUUGAAUUCACUACAGACUUAAAUACAAAAUAUGUUGAAAAUGAUAUUUGCGCUAUCUAAAAAUAAAGGAUACAAUUCUUGAAUGGAAUUAAAAAAUCUUAAUAAUUACUAGAAGAAGGCUUAACAGAUGAUUCAUUAUUUGAGCUAAAGAAACUAUAAAAAUUACUUGAUUAAAAUCCUCUUGAUUAAUUCCCAUUAUAUAAAGAACUAUCAUAAUAAGUAAAGCAGAGUAUUAGUUAGAUGAAUAAAUUUGAAUCAUCCAGAAACAAAGAUGAAUGGCAAAAUCAUAGAAAGGAUUACAUAAUUAGUUAAACUGUAAGCAUUUCAACUUAUAAGGAUAAAAGUUCAACGAAGCGAACUGAUUGA